AUGAUGUCAUCUGUACAGUCUCAGCUAUUUCAGGAAGAGGAAAGUAUUACUGUGUUAGCUCGUCCUUAGCCAUGAGGAUGUUUGGAUGAAUUUCAUCUGUCUUGAUGACACAUCAGUCUUAAUCUGCAGCCACAGUCUCAACACACAGCCUCCAUUCGCCUGAUUGGUCUUUAGCAACAACAGUGUUCUACCUGAAAGUCAAAAGAUUUCACUGUAUUAACUGUAUGACACUUAAACCUAUAAGUGACACUCUAAUGGGCUUGAGCAAUGCACAGAUCAGUGUGAAAUCAUUGCUGUGAUGGACUCCUUCUCCAAUGUGGUGUGCUGCGUCAUCAGAGGACUGCGGGACCCACAAACACCGGUGGUUCCCCUGCAGUGCGAGGGAUCAGCGAUGGGACUGGAAAGACAGAGAGAGAGGGAGGGAGGGAGAGAGGCUGAGAGAGCUGCUGCAGAACAACAUCCAGCCUGGGCUGAGGAGUUAAACGGCGCACAGCGACACGUCUGCUUCAUCCAGGCAUUAAUCCUGUUCUCAUAGCCAUGUUCUCAGAGCAGCUGUGGCCCCUGGCCUUUGUGUUUUUCAUCCUGACUUCUGCCCUCUCAGUGACGUCCCUGCCUGCUGACAUAGAGAAGGGAAGGAGAAAGGUGGUGCAUGUGCUCGAGGAUGACACCGGAGCGGUGAUAGUGCAGACAGCUCCUGGUAAAGUGGUCACACAUCGCGGUGGCUCCAUCACUCUGCCCUGCAGAUUCCACCACGAGCCGGAGAACACCGACCCUGCUCGCAUUCGUAUUAAAUGGACCAAAGUGACGGACGCGCUGCAGUUCGAGGAUGUCUUUGUGGCACUUGGGAGGCAGCAGCGCGUGUUUGGAUCGUACAGAGGCCGAGUGUUUUUGGAGCAGGCUGGACCGGGCGAUGCCUCUGUGAUCAUCCAAAAUGUCACACUUGAGGACUACGGACGCUACGAGUGUGAAGUCACUAACGACAUGGAGGACGACACGGGCUUCGUCAACCUCGACCUGGAAGGAGUGGUGUUCCCCUACUACCCCCGUGAGGGGCGCUAUAAGCUUAACUACCACCAGGCGGAGGAUGCCUGCAAACAGCAGGAUGCCAUUCUGGCCUCCCACUCUCAACUGCACAAGGCCUGGCUGGAAGGGCUAGACUGGUGCAAUGCCGGAUGGCUGGAGGACGGCUCAGUCCAGUACCCUAUCUCUCAUCCCAGAGACCAGUGCGGCCGCAAGGACACCCCCGCUGGCGUUCGUAACUAUGGCUACAGGCACAAGGAGGACGAGCGCUAUGACAGUUUCUGCUUCACUUCCAAGCUCAACGGCAAAGUGUAUUUCCUCAAACGCUUUAAGAAGGUGAACUAUGCGGAGGCGACGAAGGCUUGCAUUCGAGAUGGCUCAGUGGUGGCCAAAGUGGGUCAGCUGUACGCCGCGUGGAAGUUCCAGCUUCUGGACCGCUGUGAGGCUGGCUGGCUGGAGGACGGCAGCAUCCGCUACCCCAUAGUCAACCCUCGCUCUCGCUGUGGAGGAUCCCAGCCCGGCGUCCGACACCUGGGCUUCCCUGAUAAAAAAUUCCGCCUCUAUGGCGUCUACUGUUUCCGCAUAAACAAGGAGGAAACGGCAGGUGGUACCCAAACGACAAAAAGCCCCACAGACAGUCUGAAAAGGAGGAAGGGCAGCAACAGCAUCCCGAUGAACGUCACGAGGGUGAUUUAAAGUGAAAAGACUGAGAGCAGUUUUAGAUUUGACUACAACAAAACGUCGCCUAGCAGCAAGACUCCAUUCAUCGCUUUUCAAAGUAAAGCGCUCACAGACAUAAUGUACUCAUUUUCAGAUUCGCCAGAGAGAAGAAAGUGAGGCUGUGUAAAAUUGACACUGACAUCUUUAUUAGGGUGAUUUUCCUUUCGUCUCCAGUCAGUCAAUCAUCUUAAGGAGUCACUCUGUUAGCACAUCUGUCGCUCGGAGAACGGUAAGAUUAGACAGCAGCUUGAUCAUCACUCAGGCACACAGAUCAGAUAAGAGAGGUCUGCCAUGAGGAUCCCUGUUUAUGUGUGUGUGUGUUUUGUGAGGUGAAUCAGAAGUUGGCCCCUGGAGGAGGGAGGAGGAGGAGUGAGCCAGGAUCCCAGUUUCAGGGUGAACACAGUCAUAACUGGGUGAGACGGGAUGAGCUGCCUGACUGUAGGAAAAAAAAAAAGAUCCAAGAGGCCCUCUGAGUUUCAAUUGUAUACCAGGUGUUAUCGUCUUGCUUGGUUGGCAGCCCUUCUUGCACAGUGUGAGCCAUUUUUGUCAUUAACUAGUCCUGGCAACCUCAUCCUCAGAGCUGAACAGGCUAAGUAGUAAAUGCUGCACUAGCACUGCACUUUAAAUACAUAGGGCUUUAUUUUAUGAUCGCAUCCUAGCUUAGACUUGAGCGAGCAUGUAUUGCUUGGCCGAGGCUGAAUAAGCAGAAAUACAGCAGAAAUAAAAAAUGCUACUUACCUCUCAUAAUGCACUUCUAAGCUACCUGGGUCUCCAAUGCACUGUUAACGUUACAUGCAGCCACUUUUAUUACAGCGUUUGCCACUGGAGAAUGGAUGAAUGUUCUGGGAAAACAAUAAAUGUCUUGAAAGAGUUUAUUUGAACAA